GAUCACGUGAGUUUGCUAAAACGUUUCGAAAACCUUGUUUACUGUCAGCAGUAGAAGCCUUCGAAUGGAAACUUGCAGUGGACAAGGCGUCUUUGAUUUGAAACGAUGUAGGGAACCCCACCCACCUUUGCUUUUAUAUUUAGACGUGCUUCCUGGAUCUGUACUGACACAUUAUUCAUGAAGAGAUUCAGGGGAAGUUUGUACAAGAUCUAAGAAAUGAGUUAUCCAGGCUACCCUCCCCAGGCCGGCGGCUACCCUCCCCAGACUGGAGGCUACCCUCCCGCAGCAGGCGGCUACCCUCCCCAGGCCGGAGGCUACCCUCCUGCAGCAGGCGGUUACCCUCCCCAGGCCGGAGGCUACCCUCCUGCAGCAGGCGGCUACCCUCCCCAGUCUGGAGGCUACCCUCCCCAGUCUGGAGGCUACCCUCCCCAGUCUGGAGGCUACCCUCCCCAGUCUGGAGGCUACCCACCUGCAGCAGGCGGCUACCCUCCCCAGUCUGGAGGCUACCCUCCCCAAGGUGGCGGAUACCCUCUCCAAGAUGGUGGAUGCCCUCCUCAAUCAGGUGGAUUUCCACCAAUGCCAGGUGGUAAUUCCCCAUGGGGUGGUGCCGCUAUUGGACUGGAUAACUUAUCAAAUCCUGGAUUCAGUGCAUCACACCUUUCAGCGAUGGCUAAUCAGAUCACAUCAUCUUUUGGAGGAAUGAAUCCCAGUCCAGGAAUGUUUAGUCAAGCACCUACUGGAUACCCUGCUGCCCAGCCAGGGGGCUAUGGGGCACCUCCUCCCAAUCAGCAGCCCUAUGGUACAUAUCCACAACCAGGAGGGAACGUACCCCAGGGUAUGGGAUUUCCAGGAGGUGCCGCCCCAGGGCAACCCAUGCCUGGCUACCCAGGAGCCCCUCCAGCCAAUCCGUCCAUGCCUUCUUACCCAGGAGGCACCCCGGCUGGCUUAGCUCCAGCAGCGGCACCAUUAAAGCCGGUGAACCGAGGCAGUAUUCGGGACUUUCCAGGCGCUGACCCCCUGAAGGAUGUAGAGGUGCUUAGAAAAGCCAUGAAGGGAUUUGGCACUGAUGAGCAAGCCAUCAUUGAACUUCUUGGAAAUCGCUCAAACAAGCAACGGGUACCUAUGGUUAUAACCUACAAAACAGCUUAUGGGAAGGAUUUAAUAAAAGACCUGAAAUCAGAACUUUCUGGAAACUUUGAGAAGACUGUCCUUGCCAUGUUGAAGACCCCGAUUAUGUUUGAUGUUUAUGAACUCAAGGAUGCUAUAAAGGGUGCUGGUACAGAUGAAGAAUGCUUGAUUGAGAUCCUGUCGUCUCGCUCAAAUGCAGAAAUCCAAGAAAUCAAUAGGGCCUACAAAACAGAAUUUAAAAAAUCUCUGGAGGAUGCCAUUAAAAGCGACACAUCAGGCCACUUUGAGAGACUGCUCGUCUCGCUGUGCCAGGGUAACCGAGAUGAAAGCCAGAAUGUGGAUAUCACUCUGGCCAAACAGGAUGCUCAGGCACUGUAUGCUGCUGGAGAGAACAAGGUGGGGACAGAUGAAUCUAAGUUUAAUGCUAUCCUUUGCACAAGAAGCAAAGCCCAUCUAAGAGCAGUUUUUCAUGAGUAUCAGCAAAUGUGUGGACGAGACAUUGAAAAGAGCAUUUGCCGUGAGAUGUCUGGGAACCUGGAAAGAGGGAUGGUGGCAAUAGUGAAGUGUGUUAAAAACACUCCUGCUUUCUUUGCUGAAAGGCUCUACAAAUCCAUGAAGGGACUGGGAACAGAUGAUAAGACUCUGAUCCGAAUCAUGGUGUCCCGUUCUGAGGUUGACAUGCUUGAUAUCCGACAAGAGUACAGACGGAUGUACGGCAAAUCCUUGUACACAGACAUCACAGGUGAUACCUCAGGGGAUUAUAAGAAGAUGCUGCUGAAGCUGUGUGGUGGAAAUGAUUAAGAGAUCCAUGAAUAUAAUUAAUUUCUUCAGCUCUACCUGUUGCAUGCCCUUUUCUCAGAAGAUUCAGUUUUGUUUCUGUGUACCUGUAUUUCUUUUUACAGUUGCAUGUUUUUUAUAAUAUAUAUUCAACCUUUUUUUUUCACAAUUACAGAUCUUGUUAAGACUUAUUGGAAAGCAGUUGCCUUUUUGAAAUUACUGAUACUGGUCACAAAAAGUGCUGUAAUGUCAUGUAUGGAAUAUUUUGCUGAGCGCUGUGUUUGGAAAAGGAAUGGCUUGUGUCACAUUUUGAACAGGUAUAUACGUCACAAUGAGCUAUCGGAACGUUAAUAAACCAUAUCUUUUUGAAUAUUAUAUAUGUAACAUGUAAGUUUUGUUGGGAAAGGGAAGAAAGCAGAUAUAAUUGUUGUUAUUGCUGUAGUGUGUUAUGACUAGUUCUAAGAAUUGCCAAAUACUUAUUUUUAAGCCACCAAAUACAUCUGUCAAUUAUAAUUGUAAUGUGCACUGGACAUGUUACAGUCCCUAAUUGUAUGUAGAAUUGAAUGUAAUUGUAAGCAGAUGCCUUCCAAUAAAAUGUUUAUUGAAUUUGUUAA